AUGCCUCAGACAUUGUCUACACCCGUUCUGAUUGUUGGAGCAGGUCCUGUGGGCCUUGUUUUAGCUCUCACUUUGCUGAAGAACGGUACUUCGGUUCGGAUCAUCGAUAAAUUACCAAGCUACCAUGCAGGAUCUCGCGGUGCGGGAGUCAUGCCACGCUCGCUUGAGCUGUACAAUUACUUGGGAGUGCUGCCCGACAUGCAAGCUGAAGGAGUUUCUCUCAUACCGAAUAGGGUCUACAAACUGCCGGGGGGCGUUGAAGUGUUGAAGGAGUUCUAUAUGCAAACGCCACAGGACCCUACUCCCGAUGUUCCAUACAUCAAUGCCUUAUUGAUAGGCCAGAAUCGUCAAGAAGGUGUACUGCGCAAGCAUUUGGAAAAAUAUGGGUGUCAUGUGGAAUUGAACACGGAGCUGCAUAGCUUCAGGCAGCAGGAGAACUGUGUCGUCGCGGAGAUUGUGAAAAAGACAGGGGAGAGCGAGCAGCGUGAGACCGUUCUCGCGCAGUGGCUGGUUGGCACAGAUGGCGCCAAAGGAGUUGUGCGGAAGCAGCUUGGUCUAACAUUUGAUGGUGAGACUCGAGGUGGACAGGAGCAUUUUUUAAUCGGCGACCUCGAGAUCUUUGGGAUAAGCAAGGAUGCCUUGCAUAGCUGGGGAAAUCUCAGCGAGAGAUCGCUCGCCCUUCGUCCCACAUACGAAGGUGAUAUCUUCAACAUUUUUGCCGCAGGACAUGCCGAUUAUGCAAAGUUAAUCGACGACCGGGAGCAACUAGUCAAAUUUGUCCAUUCCGUGUCAAACAGGGAUGAUAUCAAAGUGGGCAAGGUGAUAUGGCUGUCCGCUUAUACGCCGAAUAUCCGGAUGGUUGACAAGUUUGGUGAGGGACGUGUUUUUGUCGCGGGAGACGCUGCACAUGUGCAUAGCCCUAGUGGCGGUCAAGGCUUGAAUUCGGGCAUCCAAGACGCGAUUAACCUCGGCUGGAAGCUUUCUCUCGUCGAGAAGGGCAUCGCCUCUCGAUCUCUCCUUUCCACUUACAAUGAGGAGCGUCUUCCAGUCAUCAAAGACAUGCUGAAGCGCACCACCGCUAUUCUUGGUAGGAGCAUGGCUACCAAAGUAGAGAAUGACAUCUCUGCCUGGAAACGGGAUGGGUUGCUGAACCAGCUCGGAGUCAACUAUUGUUGGAGCUCGAUCGUCGUGGAUGAGCGUACGCCGUGCACCGCAGAGGAAAAGGCGGAGUUAAUAGACAGUGCGUACGGAGGGGGCGAGGGAAUUCGCGCUGGAGACAGAGCCCCUGACGCGCCGGGGCUCCUGGUCAUCCACGAGCGAGAGAAGGUGGACGACGAACAUAACAUCACCUCCCUUUUCCACAUCUUCCGUCCUGGUUCGCACACUGCACUGAUUUUCUCCGCCGAGUCCGACAGUAUCGGCUCUGUGCUCAAGGCGACGGAGCUCUAUCCCGAGGGUCUGGUCCGCUCCGUCGUCGUUCUCCCACAGACGGCUCCCGAAUGCGCCGAUGUUCAGUCUGCUGAUCUGCUCCUCUCGGAUGGGAGUGGGCAUGCCUACGAGGGUUACGCAGUGUCGCCGACUCGUGGUGGAUUGACUAUUGUCAUCGUCAGGCCGGAUGGUGUGAUUGGAGGCAUUGUGUUGGGCGUGGAUGGACUGAAAGAGUAUUUCCGAAAUGUCUUCUCGGCGCUGGCGAUGUAA